CCUUCUUUACUUUUUCUUCACUUCCUUUCCGUCGCAUCUCAUCAGACUGACAUGCAAACAAUCCACCUGUGAAUCAAUAAAUCAAACCCGCACACAAACAUCAUAUAAAAAACCAAAAAAUUCCAAAGAAAACCCAAAGAUAUUAAAAAAGAAUCCUUUCUCUUCCUUUGUUUUUUCUCUCUUUUUUGGUUUCUGGGUUCUUAAAAUUGUUCUUGCCUCAUCUUCUCUGUGUAAAUAAUAAUAGGAAUAACAAUUCAAUUCCAAUCCUCAAAAAAGAAACCUUCUUUUUCCUCUCUUACUAAACUACAAGGAAAAAAAGAAAGCAAAAGAAAAAAACGGCAGCAUAUGAUAUGAUCCUGUCAAGCAAGAAGAAAAUCUCUUCUUUCAAGAAUUAAAUCUGUGGGUUUUGUUAGAAUUUCAGUUUUAAAUAAUGGGUGAUCUUCAAGUUUGUGACUUUCCGACUGAAAACGGCCAUCGUCACCACCACCUUCAUCACCAAAACGAUCAUGAUCAUCACCAUCGUCUUCUGGGUUCGGGUCAAGACCCAGUUUCUCCUUCUUUUUCUUCGAAUCCGGAUCCUUGGUCAAUUGUGGAAGAGAAUUGGGAGAGAGCAGAGGAAUUCACGAGAGAGAUUGUUUAUAGAAUACACCCAACUGUAGAAUCCAAUUUCAAGAGGAAACAAGUUAUUGGUUAUGUUCAAAGACUCAUUAAAUCCUCUCUUGGAUUUGAGGUAUUCCCAUAUGGGUCAGUUCCUUUGAAGACAUAUCUCCCUGAUGGGGAUAUUGACUUGACUGCCAUUAGCAGUCCUGCCAUUGAGGAAGCUUUGGUCUCUGAUAUUCAUGCUGUUCUAAGAAGAGAAGAGCUGAAUGAGGAUUCUACAUUUGAAGUGAAGGAUGUCCAUUGCAUUGAUGCUGAGGUUAAGCUUAUAAAAUGUAUUGUACAGAAUACAGUGGUGGAUAUUUCCUUCAAUCAAUUAGGAGGACUUUGCACCCUAUGCUUUCUUGAAGAGGUUGAUCAGCUUGUUGGAAAAAAUCACCUCUUCAAACGCAGCAUUAUUUUGAUAAAGGCUUGGUGCUACUAUGAGAGUCGAAUUCUUGGUGCCCAUCAUGGUUUGAUUUCAACGUAUGCUUUGGAAACACUGAUUCUGUACAUCUUCCAUCUAUUUCACUGUUCCUUAAAUGGGCCUUUGGCGGUUCUCUACAGAUUUCUGGAUUACUUCAGCAAGUUUGACUGGGAGAAUUAUUGUAUUAGUUUAAAUGGACCAGUCUGCAAAUCUUCCCUUCCCAAUAUUGUUGCUGAGCCACUUGAAAAUGGGCAAGGUGAAUUGUUGCUUAGUGAUGAAUUUCUCAAAGAUUGUGUUGAUAGGUUCUCUGUCCAAUCAAGAAAGCCUGAGAUGAAUUCACGGCCUUUUCCCCAAAAACAUCUUAAUAUAGUUGAUCCUUUGAAGGAGAAUAACAACCUUGGGCGCAGUGUCAACAGAGGUAAUUUCUUUCGAAUAAGGAGUGCCUUCAAAUAUGGAGCUCGCAAGCUUGGCCAAAUUCUUUUGUUACCCAAAGAGAGAAUAUCUGAUGAGCUCAAAAUAUUCUUUGCAAAUACUUUGGAUAGGCUUGGAAGCGACUAUUUGACUGAAGGGGGAAAUUCUGAAUUAGCAUCUGGUGCUAGUUCUGAUAACUCAGUAUCACUGUCAUCACAUUCCAAUACUUGCUCUGAAGAUGACAUGCAUCUGAAAUUGAAUGGUGGCUAUGAUAAUGAUACACUAUUUUCUGAAAAAUCUAAUCAUACCCCCCCUUUGCAUUUCCCAGGGCUAUCUGAAGGAAAUAGAGAGAUGCUUAUAAAUUUUAGUGCUGAUGAUGAAAUGAGCUGCAUUUUUACGCCAGAACCAAAACAGAACCAUUUUCAGAGUAGUAAUUCAGUGUGUUCAUGUACCAAGCAUGAAGGAAUAGCUCCAUCUGUUUCAACAACCCCAAAUCCUGCUGAUAAUGUCCCGGAGAACCUAUCAACUACUCGAGUAGAAAAAGACUUUGCUGGCAUUACUGGAAAUUCCCAACCUUCAAAAUCCUUGCUGGGACUCAGAGGGGAUCACAAUGGCCACUUACAAAGUUUGGCAUAUAGUCAGUAUUGCCAUGUGCAUGCUGUUUCUGCACCUAUACCUCCCUGUCCUUCCAUGUUGCCUCUGUCAGAGAAUAAGAAUAGUUGGGAAACCGUUCAACAAUCCCUACAAUUGAAGCAGAAUGGUCAUUCUCAAAUGAACACGAACCAUGUUUUUGGAACACAACUCUAUUGUGUUAACCCAGGGGGGCCAUUUAGAGCUGCUACUGAUUCUGAAGAAAAGAAGAAACGACGAGGAACAGGAACAUACAUUCCCAACAUGAGUUACCACUCAAGUAGGGGGGAUAGGCUGUCCUUGGGAAGAGGGAGAACUCAACCACAAGCAAAUCAUGGUCAGUUGCAUAAAUAUGCCCAUGAAAAUGGUUUGCCUACAACUUUGCAGGAGAAGAAUCUCUCUGAACAUGGCCAUGAUCUUUCAGAGGCCGAAUACCCACAUCUUGGUAAUGGGAAGCCUGUGCCAUUAGAGGCCCACCAUUCUUACCCUUCUGUAUGGGGAUCUUCCAAUGCCAAUGGUUCCUCCCGUGCAUUUGUGAGAACUGAUUGUGGGUCUCGGGGCUUUCAGCAUCCUGAAGGGCCUCCUUCCACGUCAGAUUUGGUGGUCCUGUCAUGCCCUGGGACCUCAGCUACAAGCCCUGUCGCAUCAACAGCCAAGGACCUCGAGAUAUUAGAAAAUGAGCAAGAAAGGGCAUUAUUGCAGCAAUAUCAUCUUAAAGACAAUGUUCAUUUUCCUCCUCUGACUCAAUGAAUGAUUGUGAAGCGUGGAUUAACUGAAGAUAAUGACUAUAGAUUCUGAUGACUAUCCAAGAUUCGGUGAAGACUUCUGUUUUGCUUUUCUUCUUCACCUUCCGCUUGGAGAUUGAGGUCAUUCUAAUGUAGAAAACGACAAUUUUUGUCCGCCAUGAUGGUUUUCUACGCUGACUCUGUAACACCGGCUUUUGUUUCUUAGAUCUUAUGUUUCCAUUUAAAUGUUUGUAGGAUUUGGAGGUAGUCUAACAGAAAAGGUUUGUGUAGAUAUCUUUUCAGUGAAUAGAGAAACAUCCGAACGUCGAUUGUUGAUGAUAAAUUUCAGCUUUGCAGUGAAGACUAGUGGAUAUUUGAAUACAAGUUUUGGUCUUCAACAGAGGAAACUUUUGAA